AGGUGUGAACAGAUGUCAGAGACACUAAGGAAGCAGAAUCUGUAGGCCUUGGGAAUUAAUGGAGCGGGAGGGAAGGAAAGGAGAACCAUGUCACAUAGGUCCGGAGUUGACUUUUCAUGUAGUAACGUCUUGUAUGCAUUUUCUUUGAAAUAAUGCAGGCUGUCAUCCUUAUGUUCUGUUAAUAAUGGAUUGUAUCAAAUAAGAUUCUGACUUUUCAGACUCCUCUACUGGAAUGUAAUUUUAAAUGUUCAUAUGACUUUAUCAUGAUUUCAAAAACAGUUUCCUGACCAGGCGACACAGCUAAAAUGGAACGUCCAGUUUUGCCUGACGAUCCCCCCCAGCGCACCGCCGAUUGCACCCCCUGGGACGCCUGCUGUGGUGCUGAAAUCCAAAAUGCUAUUUUUUCUUCAACUAACUCAGAAAACAUCGGUCCCUCCCCAAGAACCUGUUAGUAUUAUAGUGCCAAUCAUUUAUGACAUGGCUUCAGGUACAACCCAACAGGCAGACAUUCCCAGACAGCAGAACUCUUCUGUUGCUGCUCCCAUGAUGGUCAGCAACAUUCUGAAGAGGUUUGCAGAGAUGAACCCACCACGACAAGGUGAAUGCACAAUAUUUGCAGCUGUUCGUGAUUUAAUGGCUAAUCUUACACUGCCCCCUGGUGGGCGUCCAUAGACACUAUUGUUUUUAAACCAGGAAGGCUGACAAAUGAGACAAAACAGCAAAAAAAAAAAAAAAAAAAAAAAAAAAAAAAAAAAAAAAAAAAAAAAGGCAAAAAAAAUCUGAAUUUAGCCUUCAGUUUUAAAAAAAGGACUUUUUUGACUUUAAGAGCUAAAUAUUCUAAACUGGCAAAAAUUUUCAGGGUGCACUUCUUUCAUCAAAAAGACCAUCAAUCUUUUUUGUAUAGUGAACUUGUAUAGUGUGUUUAAACGGGACACAUUUCAAACUAGGUAAAACAUUGGUGUCCGCUUGCCAGUAAUAGAUUUAAUAUUCUGUUUUAUACUAUAAAGUUAUGGAAAUGCCAAACUUGUUUAUUUAAUUGUUUUCUUAUGUUUUGGGUGUAAUAGUCCUUUUUUGGUUUUUGUUUUGUUUUUUAAGGCAGGUCUGUCAUUUUUGAAUACUGUAAAACUGUGAUAAACUUUAUAUUGAAGCUGUAUUUUAAUAUGCCCGCUUUGAAUCCUUACAUGAAAAUGUUCUGGGAGUUGUUAUAAACACAUCCCAAAGAAGCAAUAUUUAAUAAAACUAGGUUUAAAAAAAAAAAAAAACAGUGACACUCACUUGUGUGUAUAUCAGCUCUAUAGACUUCUCCUGGCCUCCCUUCAUCUUUCACCUGGUGGGGCCAGUAAUUGAUUUCUACUGAUACAUGUCUGAAAUUUGACCAAAAACAUCUUCUUUGUUUCAAGUUUAAUUUAUUUUCUUCAGACAUUCCUAACUUGACUGGUGGUGAACGUUUAGCACCGUAGUUGUCUUUUAGUGUAGGAUUUGGGUAAAAAAGAAGGUGAACCCGUCUUUGAGAAGAGACAGUGAAUAGUUCAUAUUGAUCAAGGAUCCCAGAUAUUGCAAUCAUUCUCAUCCGUUGAAGAUUUGGAAACUUUUCUGUUACGCAAAUUUAGUUUACAGGAUACUUCUGCAUACAGCAUGAAUCAGGAAACCUAGAACUUGAGCAUUCCACCCUUGCAUGAAAUUUCUGUGACGUUUCUUUAUCUUGCUUAACUUCUCCCCCCUUGCCUUCCCCACCACACUUGAGGUUGUUCUAAACAAUCCCAACUUAAUUCAUUGUCAACAAAACGGUAAAAUGUUUUGCUUGGAAGAAACCUGGUUACAGUGCCUUCACUUUGAAGAAUCCAAGAUCCGAUGCCCGCCCAGGGUCAAGUGAAGUUUCUGGUACUGACACAUCUCAGCAGAGUUUCUUUUUGGAGCACCGUGCUGUCUCUCCCAUUUCAGCCUCAGUGUCAGGUUUGCGCGGAGUGGAAACAGGAGAUUUUGAAACACCACACCAACAGGAAUGGAGACGUCCACUGGGGAAACUGCCGGCCGGGCCGCUGGCCCGUCGACGCCUGGGAGGUGGCCAAGGCCUUCAUGCCCCGAGGACUGGCAGACAAAACCGGCCCCGAGGAAUGUGAUGCCGUUGCUCUUUUAAGUCUCAUCAACUCCUGCGAUCACUUCACGGUGGAUCGAAAGAAAGUCACAGAGGUGAUUAGGUGUCGUAACGAGAUCAUGCAUUCUUCAGAGAUGAAAGUGUCUUCUCUGUGGCUUCGAGAUUUUCAGAUGAAGAUCCGAAAUUUCCUGAAUGAAUUCAAGAGUAUUCCAGAGAUUGUGGCAGCAUACACCAGAAUAGAACAGCUGCUGACAUCUGACUGGGCUGUUCACCUCCCCGCCGAAGAUCAGAGAGAUGGGUGUGAAUAUGAAACAGGAGUUUACCUGAGUGAGAGCCAAGUCAACGAAAUAGAAAUGGAAUUACUAAAGGAGAAACUUCAAGAGAUCUAUCUUCAAGCCCAAGAACAAGACAUGUUGCCUGAAGAGAUCUUAAAUCGACUGCAGGUGGUGAAAGAAUUUCUGAGAAACAACAAGGAUCUUAGAAACGGUCUUACAGAAGAUCUGCAGAAGCUAGACAGCCUCCACCUACAGCAUCAAAAACCAGAUCCCAAGGAACUUGGGGCCCAGACACCCGAAGGGAAGGCCUGAGGUGAAUUUCCACAUAUGACGGUUGGCCGUUGACAGAAGUCAGGCGUGUAUGUGAAGGUCAGCACGGCUUCAAUCUCAGCUCUUCUUUUUUGUGCAAAAGGAAACACUUACCAGAGUAUCCCUCCCAAACAAAAAGGAAUUUUUGUUGCCUUUUCCUGGACUUCCUUUGACUCUUGGGGAAUAUAUUUUUUUAAUAUUCA